AUGAACGCGCUGCAGGGCGUUCGCGUUCCGGUCGAAGUCCGCGCACGACCGGCCAGGACCGCGCUGCGGCGAUGCGUGGUUCGGGGCCGCGACGUGCGCGCGCGGGGACUCAGGCGGGAGCCGUGGCGCGACAGUUCUGACACGCCCGGCAACCUCACGGCGUGGCUCAAGGAGCAGGGGCUCGCGGCGCAGGGUGUGGAGCUGCGGACAAAGCAGAGCGACGGCCGGGAGAUUGACGUCACCGUGGCUUCGCGGGAGCUCAAGGCCGGCGACACGCUCCUCGAGGUGCCCAUGCGCAUGGUCAUCACUCUCGACCGCAUCUUCGAAGACGAGAACCUCGCAGAGCUUCUCACGACGGACAAGAUCUCGGAGCUGUCCGUUCUGACGCUCUUUCUGUGCUAUGAGAAGAAGAAACGCGAGGACUCGGACUUGUACGACUACAUCCGGGAGCUGGACCGCAUGGGCGCGCGUUCGCAGCAGCAGGUCGAGUCUCCCCUUCUCUGGGACGACGAGGAGGUCGAGCUGCUGCUGCAGGGCAGCCCGCUGGUGCAGGAGGUGCGCGCGCGGCUCGAGGCGAUGAAGAAGGAGUACGAGGAGCUCGACACCAUCUGGUACAUGGCUCCGAGUCUCUUCGACAGGUACCCAUUCGACGCCCCGACGGAGUGCUUCCCCUUCGAGGUCUUCAAGCAGGCCUUCGCGGCCAUCCAGGAGUCGACCGUGCACCUGCAGGGCGCGCCGAUCGCGCGCCGCUUCGCGCUCAUCCCCCUCGCGGCCCCGAACCUCACGUGGUCGCCGAACUGCAAGACGUACUUCACCUACGACGAGAAGGCGGACGCCGUCGUCCUCGCAGCGGACAGGGACUACGCGCCGGGCGACCCAGUGUACUGCUGGUGCGGGCCGCAGCCCAACCAGAAGCUCCUGCUCAACUACGGCAUCGUCGACGAAGACAACCCCUACGACAGGCUCACGCUGAGCAUGACGCUGCUGACCGACGACCCGCUGUACUCGGAGAAGAAGCGCGCGCUGUCGAACACCAAGCUCGCCACCAGUCAAGCCUUCAACCUGAAGCGCGGGGCGGCGCUCCCGGACGGCCUCCUGCCGCUGCUCCGGCUGGCGCACAUGGACUCCGCCGACGACAUCCGGAAGUGGAAGUACGCCCCGGGCGCGCCGGACGUCCCCGCAGCCCCCGCUAUCGAGGCCAGGGCGCGGGCGCAGCUGCGGCGGUGUCUCACGCGGCGGCUGGAGAAGUACCCGUCGACGGUGGAGGCGGACCUCGCGCUGGAGCAGGACAAGCGCGCGACGCCGAAGCAGAAGGUCGCGGCGCGGCUCGUGCGGCUCGAGAAGACGAUUUUGGCAGACGCGCUGGCGGCGAUGGGUCCGCCGGCCGAGGGCGAGGACGCGGCCGUCCCGGCGGGGCCCGAGGCGAACGGCAGCUCGCGCGCCAUGAUGCCGGUGCUCCAGUGA